UCUCCAGGUGUGUCUGGUGUUAGGGAUGAUGUGUCCUUGUCAGCGAAUGAGGGAGAUUCAGUCACUCUCCACACUGGUGUUAAAACAGACCAACAAGAAAAGAUUAGAUGGUAUUUUAGGGACAUUCGCAUCGCUGAAAUUACUGGAGAUUUCAGUUUUAUCUGUACAGAUGUUCAGUGUAAAAAUAGUGAUGGGAGAUUCAGAAACAGACUGAAGCUGGAUCAUCAGACUGGAUCUCUGACCAUCAAAGACACCAGAACCACAGACGCGGGAGUUUAUAAACUAAAGAUCAUGAAAAACGGAAGAGACACUGAAAAGAUCUUCAUUGUUUUUGUUCAUGGUUUUUUCAGUGUUGAUACAAAUGAAGAAUCAGCGUUUGUGAUGGAGGGAGAUUCAGUCACUCUAUACACUGAUGUUAAAACAAACCAACAAGAAAAGAUUAGAUGGUAUUUUAAUGAAACUCGCAUCGCUCAAAUCACUGGAGAUCAGACUAAUAUCUGUACAGAUGUUCAGUGUAAUGAAGGUACUGAGAGAUUCAGAGGCAGACUGAAGCUGGAUCAUCAGACUGGAUCUCUGACCAUCAUGAACACCAGAGAACCGGACUCUGGAGUUUAUCGUCUACGGAUCAUCAGCAGCAGCAACAUCAAUGAAAAUAUCUUCAUUGUUGCUGUAUAUGGUGAGUCAUCAUGUUUAAAA